AUGGGAAACUCAAAGUCAAACGAACGCAUGCAAAAGGCGCUCAAAGGAGGAAACGCAAAUAAUGAAUGGGAUGAUGACCACCAAUCAAAGCAGUCUUCACAUGACUGUGCGCACACGAACUCUGUCCUUAUUGGAAUACGUAAAAAUGAAACAGAGGCAAAAAGAGUGAGCCAUAUGGAAAGAUGUUCUCCUAUUAAUGGACAGGCGUCGGAUCAGGGGUCUACUGAUUCAUACCAUAUGUUGUGUAAAGAUGAGGAGAAGAGUGAAUGUAUGGAAUGGAAUUCUUCACAUGAUGAAUUAGAGGCAGAUCAAAGAAUGAAUGGAUGCUCUCUUCACAUUGACUUGUCUCAUACGAAUGACGCGUAUUUAUCCUUCGGAACGAUGUUUCACGACAGGGGUAAGUCGAAUCUGCAUCUGCCCCUGCGUAGUGCACAGGAUAAUUUGUCUAUGCACUUUAUGUGCACGUGCAAUCCAUGCAGAUACGAAUGGACACGAGGGUGCCACAUGGGAGAACACUGCAGGUUUUGUCACCACCCCUCCCAUGUUAGCCCCACUACUAAGCGUGUCAUUCCGAACCCACAGGAUUUAAAGAGAACAAAAGUAACGCCUGAGAAUAUCUUGUCAUGGAAACGCAAUUCACCGAACAGGAAGUCACCAAGAGAUGACAACCUGCCAAUCCAUCAGUGGAACCACAAGGGCCAAAUGAAGUGUGAGGGAAAAAUGGGUCCGAAGAAUCUACUAGCCAAUUCUGAUGUACACAGCAGCGGUUGCUCAAGUGGGGAUUCUAUAGAAACAGAACAAUACUGUCAACGCAGGGGAAAUGACAAAGACACAGAGGAUGAAGUCGUCAGCAACGACAAUGGCAACCACAAUGAUGAAGACGCAGAUGAUGAGUCACCGAACGAGGGCGUCAACACAAGAAUUGACAUUUCUGUUAACUGCAUCACCACAGAGGACGGAGGUAGCGCAGAAUAUCAGGAAAUCGAAGAGAAUUAUGCAGAUAUCCUACGUAGUGGGAAUGAUGCCCUUUAUGGCAGUGAUCUAUCUAUCAGGGGAAGUGAAGAGGAGUAUGAUUAUACUUGUAGUGGAAGUGAGCAUGUGCAUCGUGGCCUUGUAUGUGGAAUGUGUGAUGUGUCUGUUGAUAGUGCUUUGAAUCAUGUGUGUGUGGUGAAUCAGAACUGCGUGGAGAGAGAUGAGUCCAAUGGUGGCAACUCUGAUGCUGAACGUAGCAUGGAGCGUGACCUCGUGGAAAACUACAACGGAGAAGAUGUCAGAAGUGCAGACCAGUACUACACGGGCACAGAUCACCUCACAGUUGUGAACGACCUCUAUGGUUCUAACGACUCUAACAGCAUGAACAACUUUGGUGUCAUGGACAUUCAUGCUAGUCCGGGUAAUGUUGUAAAUGAGAGAACUGGUUCCAACACGCAGAGCAAUGACCACAUGAACGACAAUGACAAUGACAAUGACAACCACCAUCAUCACAACCAUCAUCACAACCACCAACACAACCAGCACAACCACAACAUUGACAAUCAUCACGACAAUCACAAUUCCAACGUUGACUUGAGCCCCUCCGACAGUAACGAUGUAUCCAAUACAUGUCUUGUUAACAGUACCAGUUCUAUGAGCCCAUCAAUAUGCACCAAUAGCACAAGCUUCACAAACAAUGUGAGUUGCUCAGGAGGUACAAGCAUAACACGGCGCAGUGUCUCUGAAUCUAGCAUGACUGGUGUAAACCGCGAGGUUGGCAUGGACAAUCCGAACCAUCAGGAAGAACUCAAUCAUGUUAACGCCCUUAACGAUACCAUCCCCAUUGGAGGUUUGAACAACAUAAACCAAUUUAAUGGAUUUAACAACUUGAAUCCUUUCGAAGAGUUUAACGGAAUCAACCCCAUUGGAGAUCCAAACAAUGUGAAUCAAUUUAAUGGCCAUAACGAUGUAAACUCCAUUGGAGGUAUGAACAGCGUGAAUCAAUUUAAUGGACUAAACAGUGUGAACCCUUUCGAAGGGUUUAACGGAAUAAACCAUGUUAGGGGCUCAAACAAUACGAACCAAUGUAUUGGCCAUAACGAUGUAAACCCCAUUGGAGGUUUGAACAACAUAAACCAAUCUAAUGGACUAAACAACGUGAACCCUUUCGAAGGGUUUAACGGAAUCAACCAUGUUAGGAGCCCAAACAAUGCAAACCAAUUAAAUGGUCAUAGCGUUGUAAACCCCAUUGGAGGUAUGAACAAUGCAAACCAAUUUAAUGGUCAUAACGUUGUAAACCCCAUUGGUGGCGCAAACUAUGUGAAUCAUGUUAGGAGCCCAAACAGAUUGAACCACAUUAGCGGCCUGAACGGAAUGCACCCCUUUAGAGUUCCCAACGACGCCAACUCCAUGACCGGGGUGGAUAACAUGAACUCUGUCAAUUGCAUGAAUUGUGUCUUCCUCCGAAAUUGUAUGAAUUCUAUGAAGUGCACGGGUUGUAUGUCCAAAGUACUUUGCGGCAGGUGUGAGAGCAACCCCAAUUGUAUAACGAGCCCCCGCACAAUGGGCAGAACAAACUCCAUGGGUGUCUCCAACUUCUCCAACAUCAUGAACCUUAUGGACACCAGGAACGACAUGAACGGAAUGAAUAACGUAAAUGGAAUGCACAACGUAAACGGAAUGCACAACGUAAAUGGAAUACACAACGUAAAUGGAAUGAAUAACGUAAGUGGAAUACACAACGAAAAUGGAAUGAAUAACGUAAAUGGAAUGAAUAACAUAAAUGGAAUGAAUAACGUAAAUGGAAUGAAUAACGUAAAUGGAAUACACAACGUAAAUGGAAUGAAUAACGUAAGUGGAAUACACAACGAAAAUGGAAUGAAUAACGUAAAUGGAAUGAAUAACAUAAAUGGAAUGAAUAACGUAAAUGGAAUGAAUAACGUAAAUGGAAUACACAACAUAAACGGAAUGAAUAACGUAAACGGAAUGCACAGCGUAAACGGAAUGAAUAGAGAAAAUGGAAUACACAACGUAAACGGAAUGAAUAACGUAAACGGAAUGCACAGCGUAAACGGAAUGCACAACGUAAAUGGAAUGAAUAGAGAAAAUGAAAUGCACAGGGCGAACUUCACGGGUGGUAUGAGCGAGGCCCAUAGAAUGAGAGAUAUAAUCGAAUCGCAGCACAUGAAGCACAUGAACGAGAUGCAGGAAGUUCAGCGCAUGAAUGUAAUGUGUCUUACGGGGGCAGUGAACCCAGUGAGAGGCGCCAACUGUGUUAAAUUCCAGCGCGAAAUGGGGAGCAUUAACAAGGUGAACAACCAUGAUGAAGUGAACCACAUGAACAGUAUGUACAGAAUAAAGACCACGGGUUAUGGGAUGUGUAUCACAUGCUAUCACAACCCAAACGGUCUAGUCAAAAGCAUAGGAGCGAAUAGCAUGACCGAUGAAAGCGGACAGAAUAUCUCGAACGGUGCAAGCUACCCGAACAAUGGGAAUGCAGGAAGCGGACCGAACAAAUUUCACUGCUCAAACUGUAUGCGCAUGUUACACGAAGGGAACUCUUCCAACGGAGGAAGUCAAAAUGAGCCAUGUAUAUACAACGGAAUGUACCUAUGCCACAAUUGCAGAAAUAACAUGUACCACUUCUAUAAUUAG